AUGGUCCAACCACGCAUGCUCGAAAAGGCCGACGAGGGCUCAGCCAAUGAUGAGAAUGAGGUCCGUCGCGAAGACCAAGAAAAGAUCAACCGCUUCAGUCGGUUGCAUCAGCGCGAGACUACUCUCGAGGAGCAGCUGAAGGGCAAGCAGAAAGAUAAGGAAGAUCUUGAGGAGGUCUCCAUGGAAUUGGAACUUGCUGAUGAGGAUGAGCUUGUCCCCUACAAAAUCGGCGACUCAUUCUUCCAGCUACCGCUAUCAGAUGCGCAGAGCAUGCUCUCGACGUCAACAGAGAAGAUUGAUGCCGACAUCACCAAGCUUGAUGAGUCUCUCGGUGAGCUGCGGGAAGAGAUGCAGCAGCUGAAGGUUGCUCUGUAUGCCCGGUUUGGCCGCAGCAUUAAUUUGGAAACUUAA